AUGGCAUCUAAAGAAGCAACUAUUCCAAACAGUGUGAAAUUCGCAUUCGGUGGAACAGCUGGGUAAGGUUUUCAUCAAACAUUUUUUCUAUAUUUCGAAUAUUUUUAGUAUGGGCGCAACAUUAGUUGUUCAACCUCUUGAUUUGGUUAAAAAUCGCAUGCAACUUUCGGGAACAACAGGAAAAAAGGAAUAUAGAUCAAGUUUACACUGCAUUCAACAAAUCAUCAAGAAUGAGGGAUUUUUCCAAUUGUACAAUGGUUUAUCAGCUGGACUUCUCCGACAAGCAACUUAUACCACAACACGUCUAGGAACCUAUACUUUCCUCCUCGAACAAUUUUCUGAUAAGUUAGUUUUAAAAAUCGCACAAGAUUUCCUAGAAUCCAAUAACUUUUCAGAAAUACAGCUCCAUCUUUCGCAACAAAAGCAAUUUUCGGUAUGGCAGCUGGUGGUAUUGGAUCAUUCGUUGGAACUCCCGCUGAAAUUGCAUUGAUUCGAAUGACUGGAGAUGGUCGACUUCCACCAGAACAACGAAGAAAUUACAAAGGAGUUGUCAAUGCUUUAACCCGAAUUGCUAAAGAAGAAGGAGUUUUAACAUUAUGGAGAGGUUGUACACCUACAGUAAUUCGAGCAAUGGUUGUAAAUGCUGCACAAUUAGCAACAUAUUCCCAGGCAAAACAAACUAUUUUGGAGUCAAAACUCAUUUCCGAUGGUAUUUUCUGUCAUUUUGUUGCCUCGAUGAUUUCCGGACUUGCCACAACUAUUGCUUCAAUGCCUGUUGAUAUCGCUAAAACUCGAAUUCAAUCAAUGAAAGUUAUCGAUGGAAAGCCAGAAUACAAAAAUGCAUUUGAUGUUUGGGGAAAAGUUAUCAAAAAUGAGGGAGUUUUUGCACUCUGGAAAGGAUUUACUCCAUAUUAUAUGCGUCUUGGACCACACACUGUUCUCACUUUCAUUAUUCUCGAACAAAUGAACGCCUCAUAUUUCAAAUUUGUUCUCAAAACUGAAAACAAAGGAGGUCUCUAG